GGUUCUGAGGAACUUUUUGCAGACGUGGUUGACUUGAACAAACAGUAAUGAUGUCAUUUCCUGCCUGUGUUGCUGUUUGUGGUAAUCAACAGUCUAAACAGCUGAUUGGUGGACCUGCUGACCCCGCCCCUCUGAGGUUAAUCAGCUUGUAGAGGAUAAUCUCUCCCACACCCUGAACCAGUUUAACUAACCCACAGCGUCUCCAUGGCAACACGCCGGUAACCAGCCCUGAUCUCAUUUAUUAGUUGCUGGAUCAGUUUAAUCCUCGACGAGUGAAACAGGAAGCUGAACGCUGGAGCUGCUGAUCAUGUGCAGAGUUCAGGAGGAUGAAGGGAUGAAGGAGAGCAGAUGAACCUUCAGACACGUGUUCAGCCGAGCAGCUACCAGGUGGAGACACUUUAUUCUACAUGUCUUAUUCACAAAAGUGUUUCAUCAGAUCCUGGAGAACCAGAACCAGAACAUUCCUCCUGGUUCUGGUUCUCCCGGACCCACUCAGCUGAGACCAAAACAUUCAGAGAGUUUCAGGUUGAACUGCAGGCAGUGUUUCCUCAGAGAGACUAAAAUAAAUGCAGCAGAAACAUAGACCAGAGGAGCAGGUAGUUGGAGAUCCAUCCAGCAUGGAGGAACAUCUACAGAUGAUGAGCAGAGUAGAGAGGAAACACGGAGAUAGAAGAACAUCAAUGUAGCCAGGCUGACAAAGGGUCAGACCUCUGUUCAACCUUGUAUUCCUUUAGCUUUGAGCAGUAACAACUUCAUGAGCUUCUUUACAAAUAAAAUUAUAACGAUUAGAGAAAAAAUUAAUCUGGCCCUUCCUACAAAUGUCACAGAUGUAUCAUCGAGUACAGAUACUUUAGAAUUGGCUGUAAGACCAGAUGGAUAUUUAGAAUUUUUCACUCCCAUACAUCUCUCUGAACUAAUUUCAAUAGUUUCUACAUCCAAACCAUCCACAUGUCUUUUAGAUCCUAUCCCAACUGGACUGUUCAAGGAGGCUUUACCUUUAAUUAAUUCCUCAAUGUUAGAUCUGAUUAAUCUCUCUCUAGUAACAGGCUAUGUACCACAGGCUUUUAAGGUUGCUGUAAUCAAACCUUUACUUAAAAAGCCCACUCUAGAUCCACAUGUUUUAGCCAACUAUAGACCAAUUUCCAACCUCCCAUUUCUCUCCAAAAUUCUGGAAAGAACAGUUGCAAAUCAAUUAUGUGAACAUUUACAAAGGAAUAGCUUGUUUGAAGAGUUUCAGUCAGGCUUCAGAGUGCAUCAUAGCACAGAAACAGCUCUGGUGAAAGUUACUAAUGACCUUCUCAUAGCGUCAUAUAAUGGACUGGUCUCUAUACUUAUUUUAUUGGACCUUAGUGCAGCAUUCGAUACAAUCGACCACAAACUUUUAUUACAGUGACUAGAACAUUCUAUUGGCAUUAAAGGGACAGCACUGGACUGGUUUAAAUCCUACUUAUCAGACAGGUUCCAGUUUGUGCAUGUCAACAAUGACUCUUCUGAGCAUACUAGGGUUAAUCAUGGAGUUCCUCAGGGUUCUGUCUUAGGACCAAUACUGUUCACAUUAUACAUGCUUCCCUUAGGCAAUAUUAUUAGGAAGCACUGUAUUAAUUUCCAUUGUUAUGCUGACGACACUCAAUUGUAUUUAUCUAUGAAGCCAAAUGAAACUAAUCAGCUAGCUAGACUGCAAGAUUGUCUUAAGGACAUAAAGACCUGGAUGACCUAUAAUUUCUUACUACUAAAUUCAGACAAGACUGAAGUCAUUGUAUUUGGCCCCAAACAUCUUAGAGAAUUGCUUUCAAAGCAUAUAGUUACUCUGGAUGGCAUUACAUUGGCCUCCAGUACUACUGUGAGGAACCUUGGUGUUAUCUUUGACCAGGACAUGUCCUUUAACUCACACAUAAAACAAAUCUGUAGGACUUCCUUUUUCCACCUGAGAAAUAUUGUGAAAAUCAGGAACAUCCUGUCUCAGAGUGAUGCAGAAAAACUAGUCCAUGCAUUUGUUACUUCUAGGCUUGACUACUGUAAUUCCUUAUUAUCAGGUUGUCCCAAUAGCUCUCUGAAACAUCUACAGCUGAUCCAAAACGCUGCAGCCAGAGUACUGACGGGAGUUAGCAAGAGAGAUCAUAUUUCUCCUAUAUUGGUUUCUCUUCAUUGGCUUCCUGUUAAAUCUAGAAUAGAAUUCAAAAUCCUUCUUCUGACAUAUAAAGCUCUUAACAACCAAUCUCCAUCAUAUCUUAAAGACCUGAUAGUACCAUAUUAUCCUAGCAGAACUCUUCGCUCAGACUGCAGCCUUACUUGUUGUUCCUAGAAUCUCUAAAAGUAGAAUGGGAGGCAGAGCCUUCAGUUAUCAGCUCCUCUCCUGUGGAACCAGCUCCCAGUUUGGGUUCUGGAGGCGGACACCCUCUCUAAUUUUAAGACCAGGCUUAAAACCUUCCUCUUUGACAAAGCUUAUAGUUAGGGCUGACUGGGUGACCCUGACGGGGUGAGCUGGUGUUUUCAUUGGCAAAACUGACUUCCCCUCUUGACGUCCCUUUAGUUUGCCCCUAGUUAUGCUGCUAUAGGCCUAGGCUGCUGGGGAACCUCUCUUGAUGCACUGAACCCUUCUCUAACUACCUAUGUAUUUACUAUAUAUACCAUUAUUGCAUUACACUCACUCUGUUUCUCCCUGUGUCCUUUCUCCGAGUGUCCCUGGUCCCAGAGCUGGAUGCUUCAGAUGUGUGGUUGUGUUUCAUGGUCCUUGUGUCCCACCCCCCACCUCUCUAUCCCUACCUCUAUCUCUACCUUUCUACCUCUUCUGUCCCUCUCAGCCCGUCCGGCCAGCAGCAGAUGGUUCCCCCACAUUAGAGCCAGGUUCUGCUCGAGGUUUUUUUCCCUGUUAAAAGGGUGUUUUCCUGCCACUGUCUCCUUAGGGCUGCUCUGGGGGUUCAGGCAUAUGGGUUCUGUAAAGCGUCUCGAGACAAUUUGACUGUAAUUGGUGCUAUAUAAAUAAAAUUGAAUUGAAUUGAAUUGAAUAAGAGACACAAAAUGACAGAAACAAGACAUAAAACGUAAAAAAUGAGAAAUAAAAUGACCCAACUAACACGCAAAAGGACAAAAAUGAGACCAAAAAGUGACACAAAAGGGCAAAAAACAGGACAAAGUGACAGAAGCAAGACAUAAAAUGACACAAAUUAGACUCAAAAUGACAAAAAUGAGACAGAACGCCAUAAAACAGGAAGUAAGCAACAGAAAUGUGACACAAAACAACAAAAAAACAAGACAAAAUGACAAACUGACAAAUGAGACACUACACAAGACAGAAAAUAACAAAAAACACAAAACGACAAAAAGGAGACCAAAAAAUGACUAAAAAAGGAAAACACAAGAGAAAAUGACACAAAAUGAGACACAAAACAACAACAAGAUAGAAAAAAUGACCACAAACACACAAAAUGUAAAAAAAUGAGACACAAAAUGACAAAAUCAUCAUGAAAGGACCCAAAUGACAAUGAUAAAUCUGUGCAAAAAAAGUGCAAAAAUGACUUCUAAACUGUCUGAAAAGGCAUGAACUUGAGCAGAAGUGUUGAUUGUAAAUGUUCCUAAACCUGUUAGAAAUGAUCAUGAGGAAAACCAAAGCUACUGGAUAAAUAAAGUAAAAAAAAAAAAAGAGUCGGGAGCUCCGAGCCGCUGCGUCUGUGCGCGCCACCAUCUGAAAUUCAGCAGAAACAGAGAACAGAGGAGAAGGUUGUUGGAGAUCCAUCCAGCAUGAAGAAACAUCUACAGAUGAUGAGCAGAGUAGAGAGGAAACAUGGAGAUAGAAAAACAUCUACAGGAUGAGGAGAUGGUAGGAGCUUCAGGAGAAACCAACUGAUGGAAGAUGUUUCUAGAAACAUCUUCCAUCCUCCAGCUGGUUUCUCCUGAAGUUCCUACCAUUAACAGGACCUGGAUGACUAAGAACCUCCAGAGAACAAUGAGGAGAACAUUAGUUGAGAGAAACUGGUUCAGACUCAGGAUCUGAAAUAGUCUUGGAUUGUGGCUGAGAUGAAACGUGAAACAAUCAAGGACAUGAUCAGCGUCUUUCAUGGUUCCUGAGAUGUUGUUCAGACUAAACUUUCUACAGAUAGUUGGAGAGCAGAGGAACCCUGAUGACUGUUGUCCUUCAGAAGGUGAGAACAUGUUGAAUCGCCUUCAGGUUGACCUGUCAUCAUCCAGAAGAUCAGAGAGCAGCUCACAGCUUAGAGGAGGGUCUCAGCUCUAAAUCUGACCUGACCUACAUCCAGCUGGGAUCACGGCUUCAGUCCAACUCCUUCGUCUGAGGAGGCCACACCAGCUUCUGAGGACAGAGCAGCAUCUGGACAGCUGCUGAUGGCCACCUCUGUUUCAUCAGCGUGACGACCAGAUGCUGUUCAUGGAGCCAGCUGCUGUAGAUGUGACCUUUGGAAAGGAGGAGGUGCAGACCUUCAAACAGCAGGAGGAGGUCCAGACCUUCAAACAGCAGGAGGAGGUCCAGACCUUCAAACAGCAGGAGGAGGUGCAGACCUUCAAGCAGGAGGAGGAGGUCCAGACUUUCAAACAAGAGGAGAUCCAGACUUUUGAGCAACAGGAAUCCCAGAUGUUCAGACACGUGGAGGUGCAGACCUUUGAGCAACAGGAGGUUCAGAUGUUCAGACCGGAGGAGGUGCAGACCUUCAGAGAGGAGGACGUCCAGACCUUCAAACAGCAGCAGGAGGUCCAGAUGUUUAGAGAGAAUGAGGUCCAGAUGUUCAAGCAGGAGGAGGUCCAGAUGUUCAGAGAGGACGAGGUCCAGAUGUUCAAGCAGGAGGAGGUCCAGAUCUUGAUGGCGGAGAUUCAGGAGGUCCGAGUCUUCCAGAGUCCGGUGACGUUGUCAGAGGUGAUGACAUCCAAUGGCUUCUGUCUGGCCAACAGCGAGACCAUCCUGUUUGACUUGACCCCACCCACACAGGAAGUCCCGAUCCAAUCAGACGACCCCACAGGCCGGCGACCGAGUGUCGGGACUGAAGUCUGUCUGCAGCUCUGCCAUCCGUCCGUCUCUCCUCACCUUCUCCGUGGUUUCACAGGGAGGAUGGGUCAAUUGAUGAAGAGGCGGCGUUUCAGGCGAAACACGGCCCCGCCCCCCUGAUGCAUCACCUGCUGCUCACCUGGAUGCAGGAGACAGACAUCCUGGACUGAUACUGUCGAGGACAGUCAUCAUGGUGACACUCACCUCAUCCAUCGAUCGAUUGAUUGAUCAGUGGAUGGACUGAUGGACUCCUGGUACAUUGUGGGAGAUUAAACUGGUCUCUGUGUGGACAAGUUAGUUUCCGCUGCUCCACAUCUGUCCAACAUCUGUCUAAUGUCUGCCCAACAUCUGUCUAAAAUCUGUCGAAUAUCUGUCCAACAUCUGUCUAAUAUCUGUCUAAUAUCUUUCCAACAUCUGUCCAACAUCUGUCUAAUAUCUGUCCAACGUCUGUCUAAUAUCUGUGCAACAUCUGUCCAACAUCUGUCUAACAUCUGUCUAGUAUCUGUCCAACAUCUGUCCAACCUCUGUCUAAAAUCUGUCCAACAUCUGUCUAAUAUGUGUUCAACAUCUGUCCACAUGCCCAACAUUUUCCAACAUUUAUCCAACAACUGUCCAACAUCUGUCCAACUUCUGUCCAACAUCUGCCCAACAUCUGUCUAAUAUCUGUCCAAUUUCUGUCUAACAUCUGUGCAACAUCUGUCCAACAUCUGUCUAAUAUCUCUCCAACAUCUAACAUCUGUCCAACGUCUGUCCAGUAUCUGUUCAACAUCUGUCUAUUAUCUCUCCAACAUCUAACAUCUGUCCAACUUCUGUCCAACAUUUGUCCAACUCUGAACACAGUCCAUCCAUUGGUUAAUUAUUAUAAUCAGUGAAUCUUUGUAUUGAACUGAUGAAAACAUGGAAAAUAAAACUCCACAUUAAACACUGUUA